CAUCUUUGCUUGGAAAAUGAAUUUUCUGGUAUUUUCGUCCAAACACACAGCCCCUCAAGACCUAGCUAUAAAUACCCCUCCUCUCCGUUGGUUCCCUCCCUCGAAAUCUCAUCUUGUCUUUACCCUUUUGUCUUUUUUCUCUACGUUAUCUCAUUUUCUCCUCUGAAACUCCCGAUCUCUGCCCUAAUUCCUCCAAUUCCAUCCCCAAAUCCUCUCAUUUCUGCGCUAAUUCCCCAUUUUCCUCUCCCAAAUCCCUUAUCCAUUCCUUUUCGCUGCAUUUCUAGGGUUUCUUCAUCUAUUUCACCCCAUUUUAUAGGGGUUUUUAAAAAUCAAUUCCCCCAUUUUCUAGGGUUUCUGCUUCCAAUGCCGCCUCCGACGAAGCCCAAUGCGGCCACCUCCGGACAGGAGGAGGACGACGACGAAGAUGCCCCCUCGCAUUGUCUCUGGGUCGGGAACCUCUCGUCUGACACCGUCGAUAACGAUCUGAUGGGGGUCUUUGCCAAGUACGGCGCGCUCGACUCCGUCACGACGUACUCGUCGAGGAGUUAUGCAUUCGUCUACUUCAAGCACCUCGACGACGCCCGGGCUGCCAAGGAGGCGCUCCAAGGCACAACCGUUCACGGCAAUGUCAUCAGGAUCGAGUUCGCUCGGCCGGCUAGACCCGGUAAGCUUCUUUGGGUUGGAGCAAUCAGUUCAUCUGUCACAAAGGAACAGCUUGAAGAUGAGUUUACAAAGUUUGGAAAGAUUGAGGAACUCAAGUUCCUCAGGGAUCGAAACUCAGCUCUUGUUGGAUAUUAUAAAUUAGAAGAUGCCGUUGCAGCUAUGAAAAAUAUGAACGGAAAGCGGUUAGGUGGUGAGCAAAUGCGAGUAGAUUUUCUGAGGUCACAACCAUCAAGAAGAGACAAUUGGCCUGAUCAUCAUGACCAAAGGGAUGGACACUUUAACAACAGAAGGGAGUCGAGGGACAGAGGUCCUCCAGAGUCAUUUUGGACCCCACCAGAUGGAAUGAGAAACUUCCCUGAAUCUUCCCAUUUUGGACCUAGAAGGCAUCCGUCUGCUCAACCACCAGGUGGGCGAAGAGGGGAUGGCCACCCUAGCAACAUCUUAUGGAUUGGAUAUCCACCAUCAGUUCAAAUAGAUGAACAGAUGCUUCACAAUGCUAUGAUUCUAUUUGGUGAAAUCGAAAGAAUCAAAAGUUUUCCAUCAAGGCAUUAUUCCUUUGUAGAAUUCAGAAGCAUUGAUGAAGCUCGGCGUGCCAAGGAAGGCCUGCAGGGUCGUCUUUUUAACGAUCCUAGGAUUCAAAUUAUGUUUUCAAGCAGUGAGCUUGCACCUGGUAAGUAUAACCCGGGUUUUUUUCCUGCAAUUAGAGGACCAAGACCAGAUAUGUUCUUUAAUGAACCUCCAUAUGGACCCGGGCCCCCAGAAUUCUUUGGUCAUCCACGUCCAAUGGCUCCAAACAGUUUUCUUGGACCUCCACCUCCUAAUGGCAUGCCUAGACCAAACAUGUUAAUGAGGCCUUUUGGGCCGCGAGGUUUUGAUCCACUCCUCGGAGGCCCAGAGUUUGGCAGUUCGGCUGCCCUUCACCAUAACUUUCCCGAUUCAAAUCCAAUGGCUCCAAAUUGGAGAAGGCUAUCUCCCCCUGCACCAGGGAUGCUCCCCUCUCCCGCGCAAGGCAUGCGGCCACCCAUCAGGCCCAUGCCCGGUAUGUGGGAUGGAUUUGAUCCAAACCCUUUCCACAGAGAUCCAAAGAGAUCAAGGAUUGAGGGCCCUCCAUCCAAUGAUGAUGCUCCUUUCCAUGCCAGAAGGAUGGAUAAUCAGGGAAUUGGAGACCCAUUUGGUGCUUCAGGUCCGCUUGCAAAUGUUCAAGUUCAAAUUCAUCGUAGCCCAGUAGGCGUAAGGGGUCCGAGUGUAGACCGAUCUGGCCAUAUUGAGCACCGUAGCCUUCCUGAUAAAGAUCACUGCUGGCGUGGUAUUAUUGCGAAAGGUGGAACUCCUGUUUGUAAUGCUCGAUGUGUACCAAUAGGGAAGGGGAUAGACUCUCAGCUCCCUGAAGCUGUGAAUUGCUCCGCUAGAACAGGAUUGGAUAUGCUCACGAAGCACUAUGCAGAGGCCAGUGGUUUUGAUAUUGUUUUCUUCUUACCAGACAGUGAAGAAGAUUUUGCUUCCUACACUGAAUUUCUACAUUAUCUGGGAGCCAAGAAUCGCGCUGGUGUUGCAAAACUUGAUGAUGGGACUACUUUAUUUUUGGUGCCUCCAUCAGAUUUUUUAACUAAUGUUCUGAAUGUGUCUGGUCCUGAACGUCUUUAUGGGGUGGUUCUCAAAUUGCCCCAGCAACCAGCAAGUGUAGCUGAACAACAACCACAACAGUCCAUUCCUCCACCAUCACAGUAUAUUGAUAGACAACAGUUACCUCCUCUGCCACCAGCCGAUCAUAACUUUGGUCCUCCAAAGGAGGACCAUGUCUUGCAAGUUGAUUAUAAUAGGGUUUUGCAUGAGGACCCAAUGCCUCAUGCAGGAGGUGCUAAACUGCCGAUAGGACAAACCAAUCAAUCACAUGUAAUGCAGUCUCUUCCCCCAGAUUAUGGCAGUAAUCCUGCAGCGCAACCCCAGGGUGGAGUGUCCUUGACACCAGAGCUCAUUGCAACUUUAGCUGCCCUACUUCCUGCCAACACACAGUCUCCUGCUUCGAACACGGGUUGGAGUCAGGACCAUCAAGCGACAGGGUCUGGUGUUCCCCAUACUUUAAGAGAAGAGCAAAUAACUCAUCAACCACAACAGUUUAGCCAUCAACUUAAUAAUCAGUCGCCACUUUUCUCUCAAUUUCCAACUUACACAAAUGUUGCAAAUGGACCAGAAAUCUCCGGACAAGCGGCAGUUGGUGGCCCACAGGUUCAGGAGCCUGCCUUGAAUGCGCAACAGUCUGCUUAUCCUUCUAGGUCCAUGAGUAACUUUGGGGUCCCAUUCCAAGGUGGGCCAUUUACUCUUCCCCAGGCCAAUCAGCAAUAUCAGCUAGAUGCUUCUCAGAAUUACAGCAUGGUACAUGCAACAGAUACCGCUGGGGUAUUCCGUCCACCAGUCCCUCAGCAACCAAAGCCAAUGACUUCAGCUGCUCAGGCUCAGAGCGGUAUUAUAUCCCAACUACAGAUGGGCAUGCCAUCUGUAACUGAUCAAGUACAUGCGGGGUUCCCUAAUCAGGUACAAUUGCAGUCUGUGCUCUCAGCUCCUGUUCAGGGAACAUCAGAAGGUGAGGCAGACAAAAAUCAGCGGUACCAAUCAACCCUGCAAUUUGCUGCUAGCCUUCUGCAACAGAUACAACAGCAGCAAGCAAAUUCUCAAGCCAUGCAAGGAUCUGGCAAUCAACAGUGAGAAACAUGUUAUCAGGUGGGGUUGUGAUGUGAUCCUUUAUAAGGGAUUUGGUCUGUUUGUGUGGUGGCAAUUGCAAGGGAGAAGUUUCAUGAUCUCAACUAACGGAACUUUCAAGUGUGUUUGAUGUCAAUCAGCUCUGAAAUUCCUUCUCCUUCCCUCUGUGGGUCCCUCUCUUUUCUCCUUUAUGAUAGCGAGAACCUAAUGAAAAAAAAAGAAAGGAAAUUUUGGGGAAUUUUCCGUGGGAACGUAGACACUAAGUUAUUAAAAAAAAAAAAAAAAGAUUGUGGUUUCAUGUUUA